GCAGCCCUCCCUCCUCACUGCCUGCUCCCACAUUUGUAACCCUCUCCCCAAGCUCUCCCUGAAACGCUGUGUGCUUCUCUGCAGGACUCCAAAAACAGGCCAAUGUUACCAUCCUCCCAGCCCAAAUUACACCUCUGAUCCCAGGACUUCACCACACAGGUUCCCCUCUGCUUCAGAGAGUCAGCUGGGCCUGCUUCUGGAGAUCUGUCUCCAUGCCUUUCUAUUCUUUUUGAAAUUUUCAUCUAUCUGAAGAAAUAAGUCAGCCUACCGUACCUGUCAUAAGUAUGGAACUACAGAAGCUAUCAAAUGGUAAUCACCAAAAUGACGUUGCCACGCUAGUGGAGGGAGGAGUGCCACCAGAGGAAGAGAAGUUCCUGCAGCACAAGAGUGAUGGGUCAAAGAGACCUGAGUUCACAGAUUUUGAGGGUAAAACCUCCUUUGGGAUGUCUGUCUUCAACCUGAGCAACGCCAUCAUGGGCAGCGGCAUUCUGGGUCUGUCAUACGCCAUGUCAAACACAGGCAUCGUCCUUUUCCUGGUCCUGUUGACAUGUAUUGCCUGUCUGUCCUGUUACUCUGUCCAUUUGCUGCUACGCAGUGCUGGAGUUGUGGGUAUUCGAGCCUAUGAGCAGCUGGGCCUGAGAGCUUUUGGUCAUACAGGGAAGAUCCUUGCAGCUGUCAUCAUAACGCUACAUAACAUUGGAGCCAUGUCCAGCUACCUGUUCAUUGUGAAAUCUGAGUUACCACUGGUCAUCCAAGCCUUUCUUGGCCAGACAUCCAGCUCUGAUGAUUGGUUUAUGAAUGGAAACUACCUCAUUAUCAUCGUCACUGCCUGCGUCAUCCUUCCAUUGGCCCUGAUGAAACACCUGGGGUAUCUUGGUUACACCAGUGGCUUCUCUCUCUCCUGCAUGGUCUUCUUCCUCUCUGCGGUCAUCUACAAGAGAUUCAACAUUGCUUGUCCUCUGGAAGUGUUUGGCAACCACUCUGUGAUCACAGAAGUUCCAGAGGACUCAUGUACUGCCAAAUUCUUCACCAUCAACCAAGAGACAGCUUAUACCAUCCCCAUCCUGGCAUUUGCUUUUGUCUGUCACCCUGAAGUGCUUCCCAUCUACACUGAACUGAGCAACCCAACCAAGAGAAGAAUGCAGAAUAUUGGCAAUGUUUCCAUCCUCGGCAUGUUCACCAUGUAUUUCUUCACUGCCAUAUUCGGCUAUCUGACCUUCUACGGGAACACUGAAGCAGAGCUCCUCCACACCUACAGUAAGGUGGACCCCCUGGAUACUCUGAUCCUAUGUGUGCGGCUGGCUGUCCUGGUGGCUGUCACUCUGACUGUACCUGUGGUCCUGUUCCCUAUCCGUCGAGCUCUCUUGCAGCUGCUGUUCCCAGGGAAACCCUUCCACUGGCUCCGUCACAUCGCCAUCGCUCUGUGUUUGCUGUUUGCUGUCAACCUGCUGGUCAUCCUCGUCCCCAACAUCCGAGACAUCUUUGGCAUUACUGGGGCAACUACUGCUCCCAGUCUGAUCUUCAUCCUUCCUGGACUCUUCUACAUUCGCAUCAUCCCUACCAGCCGUGAACCCCUGAAAUCCAGACCAAAGAUCCAGGCCGUGUGUUUCACAGCACUGGGUUUUAUAUUCAUGACCAUGAGCCUGACAUUUAUUGUGCUUGAUUGGACGAGCGGGGAAAAACGAAGUCUCGGUGGACAUUAAGGUGCAUCCUCCCAAAUCCCACAGCAGUAGCAGCCCCCCGUGGUAACCCUCCUCCAGUCCUCCAGAUGGAAAGCAAGAUUCAGCUUACUGCUGGAAGGCUAGACCACUGCCUAGUGGUUUAUUAAUCACAAGGACAAUCUGUUCCUCUAGACUGUUGAGAGGCCAGUUGUGUCCCGUCACCCACCCAGGUUGAUAUGCUCCACCAGGAUUGGGCAAAUGUCUAAAUGCAAAAACAUGUUUAAUUAUCGAAGUUUGAUAUUUGGUAUGUGCUUUGCUUUAUAACAGUGCUAUUCAAAACAGAUCCCAUCAUGACAUUUAACAUUUUAGUCCAAUUAUCUCUGCUCAUCAGAGAGACAUACAGAAUGAGGAACCUGAACAAAUGUAUAAUUCACUUCAGUUGAUGUGAUUGUGCAGAGCAGUGUUGGACUGACUGAAACUGGAGAAAAAAUGUUGUCUUCCAUCAGCCAAAAUCUGGCAUUUAAGUUUAUAUAACUGUGAACCAAUUAAUUUGAUAUCAUUAAUUUGUGAAUUUAUUUGGGACAUGUGGAUAUUGUUUAAUAAAAAUUCACAAAAGAUGAAA